AUGGUUAUUGUGACGGGGGACCGGUACCUCGACUCUCUGGUGAGGUUCGUGGAGAGGAACGCGGAGCCGCUGCUCGAAGGGGCUCUGACCUUGAAGCUCAACCCCGUGGGGCUCCAUUACGUCCAGUCUCGCCUCGAGGCCUUGGAGGAGCUCGAGAGGCUGCUCGCCGGUGCGCCCGUUGACUACCUGCGCGCCUAUGUCUCCGACCUCGGGGACCACCGGGCAUUGGAGCAGCUCCGGAGGAUCCUACGGCUGCUGACGUCGCUCAAGGUGAUCUCGGUGCUGGCUCCGCCGGCGAGGGACCCGACGCCGCUCUCUCUUCUGCCAUUUGGGCGGCUGAAGGUCCUGGAGCUCCGUGGUUGCGACCUCUCCUCAUCAACCGCGAGAGGGCUGCUAGAGCUCAGGCACACGUUGGAGAAGCUUAUUUGUCACAAUUCCACGGUUUGCUUUUCUUUCCAUAAUUCCCCCCUCCCCCACCGCUCUCAUUGUGUGCUUUCUGGUUUCUUUUUAAUACCCUCCUAUGAUUACACAGUUUUUUAUUCAUACUCGAAUAUAUAAGCAAUUUCCAGAUUUAUCUUGUUCGUCAUAUUCCAAUUCCUGAAGCUCUUUGUCCUUCCUUAGGUAUAAGGGUCUUAUUUUUUUGGGGAUUUGAAAUGUAGGUGCGUUUUUCUUCAUUCGUAUUGCUUUCUCUUGGUUUUAGCAAUUAACUGUCUCAAGGAAUUUGCAAUUUACUGUAAGAAGGACAGAUUUAUUCAUGCAGAAAGUGCAUGUUCGAAACCCAGACUGCUCUGCUUCUCAUGAAUGAUAAAAUUUAUCAUGUCGGCAUGUUUUUUGUAUCAUUCUCCUCGACUUCGCCUUUUUUUCGUUGUAUGUUCCCUCAAAGUUACAAAAAAUUAUUGUCCCCUUUCAAACGUAAGCCAUGUAACUCUUGCAAUCCUGUUUAUAUGAUUUUCAUUUUCUCCUCUUGCUUCAUGGGUGGUUUACAGGAUGCUCUAAGGCAUGUGUUUGCGAGUAGACUUGUGGACAUAAGGGACUCCCCAACAUGGAACCGAUUGUCAUUUGUUUCAUGUGCUUGUAAUGGAUUAGUCCUCAUGGACGAGUCAUUGCAGCUUCUUCCAGUUGUGGAAACCCUGGACCUGAGUCGGAAUCACUUUGCAAAGGUAGAUAACCUACGGAAGUGCACCAAAUUGUUUCACCUCGAUCUUGGGUUCAACCACCUGAGGACAGUAGCGUCAUUGAGUGAGGUAAGAUCUUUCAUGCAGCAGGUUUUUGUUGGAAGAACUAUGAUCAGAACUGUGUUGUCACUAGAAGCCAGGAUGCUUGCAUAUUUUUAAAUUUGAUUGUGUUUCUGUCUACUCGGAUCAAUUCAUCCAGUCUGAAGACAACUAUUUUACUGGGGAGAAUCCAAAAGAUUGAAGUUCAACAUUCUGAGUCUAAGAAAUAUGUUAGCAUAACCUAUGGUGUACUCUUUUGUGGCAUAAUUAGAAUUAUUUAGUCAAGGGUUAAAACUCGGAAACUCUUUAUUUAUUUACUCUUAAUUUCUCAUGUCUGAUGAUUUUUUUCUUCUCUUUCGUGUGCUAAAUAAACUUAAUAUCAGCUUAUUCUCCUAGACUGAUAUCAGAAUCAUGACUUGUGAUCCUCUUUUUUUUUUAGACGAAAGAUAGAUGUCUUUCAGUUAUUGGUGUCCCUGAAAGAGUCCAAAUUGAAUAACUUCGAAAAACUAGAACAGUAACCUAAAAACAUAUGCCGAAAAUGAUUUCUUGUUUCGUUCAUUUAUGCCUUGCAGAAAUUGAUUUUAAAUUCAGGGUUUGCAUGCUGACGUGCAAAAUUUGGGGACAACGCAGUGUGGGAUGAAGCAUUUGGUCAAGUUGCUGCAGAAAAAUUAGUGAAUCAUGAAAAAAAAAAGACAGCUGCCCGGGAAUUCCAUAGUGCAUGAAAUUCUAUGUUGAUCCUUUUGGAAUUCUGUUAUGUUAAUUAAGGUUAUCCCUCUAGGUUAGAAAUGUAAUCACGAAAUGCUCUGUACAAUUGUCAUCUAUAGAUAUCAGUGGAUGACAGCAUGCUGUGUUGGGACUUGGCAACCCCAGACCAUGCUCGCAUACACGUCUGAAUUGCAAGCGUGCAAUAUGCUGGCAAAAUCAUUUGUUCUCAGGCACCAAAGUUAUUACCCAGAUUUCCCUGUCUUUCAAUCAUUUUCGUUGAAGACUGAAGAUUCAGGCUUUAUGAGGAGGAUUAAUGAACAUUCCGAAUUACAUGGGGGGGGAGGUCGUUGGGCGGGAGGGUGAGAAACUAUGGCGAGUUUCGGAAAUAUGCGUUCAUGUAUGGUGGCCAGAAACCUUGAUGAUCUUAAAUUAUUUUUAAAAAAUCCUACUUACAAUCCACACCACGAAUUGUUUCUCCAAUGGAAUCCUCACCAUGGAAAACAUAGUGCUUCCUCAUCAAUAAGUGUGCUCCUUAUUGUCUUGAUCGUUGUCUUCACCAUCAUGCAGUAAAACUAAAUGCUGAGUAGCUUGCAUUUGGGCCAAAUUGGUCUUAUGCUGACUAUUUCUGUCUAGAAUUGACGGUAAUCAUCCAUCUAUAAAGUGAAAUUUUAUGGUAGACACAAGUGUGAUGCAUUGAAACUCUAGGUUGGAUUAAUGAGUCUUCCUUGGGCAAAAAUAAAAGCCUCGAGUGCGAGAUGUAGGUUAGAGCUUACAAAGUUAAAGGUCUUAGAGAUGUAAACAAAGGAAAAGGUUAGCUGUAGGAACAUCGCUACAUCGCUUUUUUACUAUAUUUGGAAUUGCAUGAGUUCGCAAUUUGAAAAAUUUCGUGAAAAGUCUGGUUUUCUGCUGACCAACAUUAUGAAGGCGUCAUUAAGCACGCACUUGAUUCUCACAGUCUGAGUGAUUUUGGAAUGCCAAACAAUCAUCUAUUAUUAUGUUGAAAGAUCAUGCACUACAUUUUUCGUGUGAUUGUGAAGAAAGCUUUUUUUUCUCCUAUUAUGGUUAAUGAGCUGUAAGUAAAUUACAACCCCUUGUAAUCUGUUUUUCUUCUCAGGUUCUUUGUCCAAUCGUCAAACUGGUGUUGCGGAACAAUGCCCUCACAACAUUGCGUGGUAUUGAAAAUUUGAAAUCUGUUGAAGGGCUAGAUCUAUCAUAUAAUAUACUUUCCAACUUUUCUGAGCUAGAGAUCCUUGCUAGCCUUCCAUUGCUUCAUAGUGUGUGGUUGGAGGGAAAUCCAAUUUGUUGUGCACGAUGGUAUCGUGCACAUUAUUUUAGCUUAUUUUCCUGCCCUGAAAAAGUAAGUUAAUCAUGUUAUUUUUUGUAUGACUUAUUUUUUAUUUGUCUCGUGGCAAAUAAUGUCAUAUUGCACAAUUUUUUCUAUAUUGAAAAUUCUCUUUGAGAAAUUUCUCUUGAUUACUUUCAAGAAAAAACUUUUGGUCAUGUCCUACAUCUGUGUUAGGUCAAGCUAGACGAGAAAGGAAUCAGUAGAAGGGAAUAUUGGGAGAGACAUGUUAUUAUUGCAGGCAGGCGUAAACGACCUGCUGGAUAUGGGUUUUAUUUCCCUGCCAAAGAGAAUGCUGGUGGCAGGGACAGAGUCAAUGCAAAAAAAGUAUGCCCUUUUCUGUGUCAUGUUUCUAUCAAUCUGGUUCACUGAAAUUGUGUGCUGCUUCUAAGAUCUAUAUUGCCAAUCCUGCAAUUGUUCCAUAGUAAAUUAAUGCCAAUGGUGUGUAGGUGGAAGUCUAACUUAUUGAAAUACAUGUUUUCUUUUUAGAAAAAGGUUUCUCGUCUGGCAUCCAUUCGGGAUGAGAAGCAAAUGAGAUAUUUUUGUGGAGAAGACGCUGACCAGGAGUCAGCAUCUUGUGAUACUGAUAACCUGAAGGAUGAAAAUGUCAUCAUUGAUGAUGAAUCAGAAAUAAAAGGCCUGAUGAAUAGAGUAGAAUUCAUGAAGAAAGAGCAGGCUGUUCUUUGGUUGCGGGACUUUAGAGAGUGGAUGGACCAGACAGUUGAUGGUACAGCAAAUCUUGGGAAGUUCAGUGAUUCAAACAUGUGUUUUGAUAUGGGGAGAGACACAAAACAAACAAAAUGCGAGAAGCAUCUUGGGAAACGUCCACUGCAUUUGAUGGACAUAUUACAAACUUCAAAAGGUGAGGGUAGCAUAACCAUCUUAGAGACUGACGUUCCAUCUACUGUGGGACAGAAACUAGUUGAUUUUCAUGAAAGAGAUAGUUUGAAACAGUCAGUUGGGAGUAGAAUUGGGUUUAGAACGGGUAAAACAGAUCCAGGAAAUGUUCAGUUGGAGGCUUGUUAUGAAGAAGUUCCGGAUUCUGUUUGUGUUGAGAAAAACAGUCCCUCUUUCACCAACUUAACCAUCGAGGUAAAUGAAGAUACGGAAAGGCAUAACAACUUGGUCUCUUUAACUUCCAUUGAGGAGAUUAUUUUUUCCCGUCAGUCUUCUCUUUGUCCAGUGUCACCUCCUCAUUACCAAGAGGAUAUCCUACAUCGUCGUCAAAACUUGGAGGAAGAAUUUUUGCAACUAUCUGCUGAAACGUUUUCUGUGACAUCAUCAGACAGUGAUACGAGCUCCAGUGAUGGUGAUUCUUGGGAAUUCUGUGAUUCAUGUUUAGAACACAGCCAGUUAUUCAACAAAGAAUCCAUGAAGAGGAUCAUCAGUGACAACGUAUCAGAUUUUCAGUUAAACGAGAAUUCUUCUGAUGUAGUACAAGAAGGGGUCAGACUAUCAUACAAUGCUCCUGUUGAAACAGAUGCCAGCAGUCAGCGGCCUUUGAUGUCAAAUCAUGGCAAACCAUUUCUUAUACACGAUUUGGACGACUCUUCAACUGCAGAGAUUAUUAAUCAGGGUUUUGGGGACAGAAGAAAAGGCAAAUGGAAGGCUAAGAGAAUGGUAGCUGUGAUCUCCCAAGGGAAUUCUUUAGCAGCCAACAAAGACCCAGCACUCAAAAGGUUAGAUGGUCUGGAUGCCCAUAGUUUUGAUCUCCCCAGCAACAAUGAGAGUCAUCUUGACAGAUUACAAGAUAGAGAACAAAUGAAACUGAUCCAGGAUGCUGAUAUGAGGAAUCCACUUCUGAAUUGUUUCCAAAGGGCAUAUCUGAAAGCAAAACCGAGUUCUCUUCAUGAUCGUAAGGCACCAAUAGAAAAAUAUUUUGUAAUGAAUCUGGCAGAAUCUGGAGUUUCGGACUCUUGUCAAGAGUUUAUAUGUUGUGACUGGAUAUCAGAAGAAGAACCAAACUAUCAGGAAAGGUGAGCUCUGUUUCAUGAAAUGGUUUUCGUCUGUCUUUUCUUUUUCAUCAUCUGAUCAUGUGGUGUGAGGGUGCCACUUCAUCCUAGGAAUGAUUCUGGAAUAUUCUGUUUGACCCUCCCCACUAAUUUUCACAAAUGCGUUAGUUCUUUCCUUUAAACAAAAACUGACCCAUAGUUACUUGUUGUGUGAAUAUACAUAAAUAAAAUUUAUGACUCUUGUGGAAUUCUGCUGCGUCGGCGUAUGCCAUUUACUUGUCAUAACGUUUGGUAGAAUGAAGUCGUGACUUUUGUUUAUCUUGGUAACAUUUCCUUGUGGCUAUGCUGAGAUUUGCCCUUUUUUAAGAGAUAUUCGUGUAAUUCAAUUAAUAGUGCAGCCAACAUUUGGUCAUACUGCUCUCUAAUAGAGCAUGCACAAUUAAUUGUGGGGCAUGAGGGAAUUCAUAAGAAUUUAAAUUGGCUUGGAGGAGCUCAAUGAGUUCUAAAACAUUUCCUUGUUGAAGCUCAAUGAGCUCAAUGAGCUCAUGAUAAGACUGACUAGUUGGGGGAUUAAGGUUGAGUUUAGAGCUUGACCAGCUGAGUUUUAUGCUAAAAUUCUACCGGUUCCUUGAGUUUGCACAUGUGGCUGUGAGAAGUGGCAAGGUUUAUCUGACUGUUUGGUUGAUUUUUUGAGAGUUUUCUUGGGCUUAUUAUAACCACUUCUUUCACUUAUUUUCAUUAAAAUUCUGCUUGAUACAUCUUAGUGUUCUUUCUCGUUAUUAUUCAAUUAAGGCAAGCCUGGUUUGAUUGACGGCUCGUAUUUGUUUGGUUAGAAUUCUCAUUGUCUUUUUUGUUGAAGGCUGGAUACUUUUACUCUAAUGCUUGACUGAACUGACUUGCAGAGGGCUUAGUUGUUAAACCAAUCAAUCACUUGUAAUUUCUUAUCUCAGAAUUAUUACAGGUAUUCUCAUUUUUUUCAGGGAAGUAGUUGUACUUCUGAGCACUAAACAAAAGGUGUAUGUACUACUCAUUGAUGAGACAUGUGAAGGACCAGGUUUGGUUCACAUAUAUUGAUGCUUGAUGAUGCUACCAUUCUGUUUUAUCAGGUUUUUCACGAAAUAUUUUGUUUAUAAUUUCUGUAUCUAAUGGCGUUUGGUUGCAGGAUUGAUUUCUAAGGUUCUUGGAUGCUAUAGACGAGAGGAAAUUAAAGAAGUCGUGAUUGGAUUGGAAUUACAAGCUUUGAGGUCUGUCCAGAAAAUGAAAUUUCUUUUGACCAGUUACUGUGAAUUCACUUACAUGGUCGUUUGUAAUGUCAUUUAUUAGGGUUCGGAUUGAAGGUGAUGUGUCACACAUUUUCUUAGCGAGAAGCGCGAAAAAGCUAGAAAGACUUCUCUAUCUAUUGCAUGUUUGUGACACAAGUGGUCCGAACUCUGGAUGUUCCAUAAAAGGGUAAAUGUCCUAGUUGUUGCUGCCUCCAAAGACUAACAAUUUACUGAAAUCAUAUACUCAAAAUAGAUUUUUUAAUUUGUCAAUUGUAGUUGAGUUUUUGACAUAUAAAUGGCAGUUGGGAGCAGGUUCAGGUUGAACUAUUUGACAAAUAUAUAUGUGGGGGUCUAAAACUGAGCAUCUUCCUUUACGCAAUGUUACUGUUCUAUCAUGAUGGUUAUGAAGGUACGCUUUAAAUUGAUGCAUAUCUUUAUAGUUUUUAAGCAGAUUACGCUUAUCUCUUAAUCUGUACUAUUUGGAUUGGCCAUGGUGUCAGCAGAUUCAUUCAAAAUGACAACAAAAAUAUUGCCAACUUUUUUCACUUUAGUGCGUGUUACUUUGUCAAUGGAAAUGUUUCUGGUUAGCUUAGACAGUAUGUAAUUUCAUUGAUGAACUUGUACAAGGUCUAUUGCUUGGUUGGUUUUUAUUUCAUCAUUGUAUUUGAGUAAUGACUGUUGCCCAUUCACAUAACAUGUCCCAGUUGAUCCUUGUUUAGCAAAUAUUAUCAUCACCAAUCCUAAAGGAUGUAGUCCCUGUUGAGAGAUCAGGUGGUGAAUUGCCGUGAACUGUGCACCAUUUUAGGGAUGUUGCAAUUGUCUCUACUAAGCUUUAUUUUUCAUUUUUUAAAAAGUGGACACUACUGCAUGAUCAUUAGAAUAAAGAGGAAAAAAUAUGCAAGCAUGGAAAAUGUGAGUUUUUGAAAAGAAAUCAUGUUUAUCAGUAGAUCCUUACACCAGCAGGUUGUAGGAUGAAAAAAUAAGAAAUUACUGCGAGCCCAACAACCCCAAAAAAGAAUUAGAAGCUGAGUCUCUUUUCCCUCGAAGAGGACAUCGAUUCCUUCAUGUUCAGAUAGCCCAGAGUGAGAUAAGUCACCAAAUCUGUUAAUCUAGCUUCCUUUUCCAAUUACGGUUCCAAAUCAGCCGAAACCCAAUUAAAGUUCUUGCAUGGUCCCUCAGAAUAACUAGCUUAAGGUUUAUCAGCUUCCAAAUCUCUUUGGAAAAGGGGUAUCCAAUGAACAAAUGCUCCAAAACUUUCUUCAUCCUCACUACAAGAACAUCAAGUCGUAAGGAUGGAUCGUGCCCAAAAACGGAACCAAAGUAUCUCAGCUAGGAGUCUCCCAUUCGAAAUCCUUAUUAAAAACUUUACUUUUAAAGGGGAUUGGAUGGUGGUCCAAAUCCAGGGAGCCAUAGGAUGUCUAAAGCCUCCAUCACAGAUGACACAUUGAAAAAGCACCUUCUUUCUCCCAUCUCCACCACUGCACGUCUACCAGCAAAGUCCACCCUAUCCCCUUUACAUGUUGAUUUCCCCAUCUUUUCGUCAAUGCUUGACACAUCAUUCAAGCACCCUUAUUGGCUGCUGAAUUCUAUACAGUGCUCCAACAGAUUCCUCUUUUCGUCCCUAUUAAUUGGGCCAUGACGGCUGCAACGUAGACAUCAUGCCUCCCUACCUCUCUGAAUGAUGGAAUCCCUGCCAAAAAAAGAUUAGUAUGGUCUACACUGCCUUCGUAAAGACAAUGAAAAUGUUUGAGAGAGGGUUUUGCUUGGGAACUCAAUGGCCAUGUGGUUGUAUACUGAUUUAUUUUAAUGUCUUGUUGCGUUCUUGUUGUCAUCCAAUUCAAAAAAUUGAUUAGUUCUCUUUGGAUUUUGAGCUGAAUCAUGUCGUUGGAAACUAUAGAUUCCAUGGAAUAGAUGCUUUUAAUUUUCCAUUAUUGGUGAUCUCCUUACAAGGUUCCUAAUUUCGGGGGAAGAGUCAAAAAGCUAUGAUUGAUCUUGAACCUAGAAGUUCAGUAGAGCGUAGAUUUCAAUAAAUAUUAUGAACACCGUUAUCAAAACCUCAUCCACGAGAGCGGUGCAUUUUCCCGAUGAAGAAAAUAUUUCAACUUUUAUCUCUUUCAUGGCUCAGAUUUGGGUUAUUUUAUUUCUAUCUUAAUCUUUCCGUGACAAAUUUGUGAGAAGAAAGUUUUAUUGUAUCGCAGGAGAGUCGUGGCUUUCCAGAUCCCUUUUUCUGGUUGAAGGAUAUUUGCUUCUAUGCAUUGAGAACCUUGUGGAGUUUGGCAAAUCCACAGACGAUUUUGCUGCACCAACCUCAUACUUUUCCCUUCAUUCUUGUUUCCCCAUUGAGAACAUAACGGAGAUGGUAAUUAUAUUCCUAUCUAUCUUGUUUAUUUUCUGUUCUAGUUGUAAUGUAAAAUUAUGCAAUUUUGUAGUGGUACCGCGAUUUAUUAUCUUCUGCUUGGUCAGCUGAAUAAUGGAUAUUAUGUCUAAUAUUUUCUGAUUACGGUUAUUUUGUGAAUAAAGCAGAACACCAGAUUGAGAUUAGAAAAUUUUAAUUAUUAUAUUACCCUUAUUUUUUAAAAAUUAUAGAAUACUUGUAAAAAAAAUUCGUCUUUCAUCUAUCAAGGACUGCAUUAAUAUCGUGUUAUAAAGGAGUCAAAGGAUCAUUCUUGUCUUUGUGAUAGCUUUAAUUGAGUCAAGAUCUCUUGCAACACAUGACUGGAGCCAAGAUUAAGUCUCAGAGGAACAGAGGGAGAGAGAGGAAGAAGGGGGAGAUGCACAUAAACCCUACGAUUUAUGGAUAGCGUAUGUUUCUCACGGCUGUACACCACACAGAGUAGGGUUCUUUAUUUCUUCCUCGAGGAGAUGCAGAGGACCAACUACCCAAGCAUAAAACAUUGAAUUCAUGAGUUUAAUAUUGCAAUAACCCAUAUAUAAUUCCAAAUCACAGCUGGAAUUUCUCCCUCAUUCCGGAUAUGGAUGCAUUGGUAUAUUUACUUCGCUCAAAGUGGAAUUUAAUUUAUCUCUGAUGAUAUAUCAGUAUAUUUCAAUGUGUUUGGAUAUUUUUAGUUGUUUAUCUUCACAAUGUAAUUUAAAUAUAAGUUUUUUUGUAGAAAAAAAAAAUGUCCUGAGUAGAUUUCUUUACGGUCUCUGUUCUAGCGACCAAGUUCUUACCUCCUGUAAAGGACCAAGUAUCAUCAGAACUUCUGCCACGUAGCUUGUGGGCCCCACCUUGAGGACCUCUCCAUGCAUAUCAUGUCAGCUAUGUUUCCCUACUGCCUCUGUUUCCUCCUCUAUUCUUCUUGUACUCGGCUUCUUGAGAGGGAGGGAGGCGGGGAGCACCCGUGUGCCCAGUUUAGUAUCGGUCACUGACGGUGAGCUGAGAACCAGCUAGACCAGCAAGGUGAGGAAGAACACUGAGGAUCAACCGUGAAAUGCAGAAGAGGAAACCACCUCAAGGGCAGAGAGCAAUUUGACCCAGUUGGUUCCUUGAUUUCCUGAAACCGUAUUUCCCAGCCCCAUCAUCAUUGAUAUAUAUAUAUAUAUAUAUAUAUAUAUAUAUAUAAAUAAAUCCCAUUUGGUAACACCUUGCUGAUGAUCUUGGUGUUCAUCGUCUCUGUCUGUUCAAUCGCCUGGCUUUGUGAUUUCUAUUUUCAGGUGAUUGAACCUAGGGAAACCAGAUGCUUGACCCUGGCUGUGAAGAACAGCACCAUCAGAGAAGGAAAGCGAGGGCCCUUGUCUGCUGAGGAGUCCCUUCAUCUUCCCCGGUGGCGGCUGAAGUGGUUCUCCGAGGAGGCAUUGCUGAGCUUCGUGGCCCUUCUCAAGGCCCUUCACGCGGAGCUCUCCACGGCUCCUCUGCGUGUGAUGUGUCGCACCUCUUGA